AUGGAGCGUCUGAACGUCCGGUCCCUGUCCUGUCUGCAGCCGGUCGUCUCUCUGGUGCGUCUGCCCUGCCCAACACCAGCUGGGCUCCACAAUAACACUUCCUGUUUACAUCGUCCUCAACAGAAUGGAUUCAGACACCAUGAGGAAAACAUUUUGGAGAUAAAAGAAGAGACUCUUCAGUGCGAUCUCAUCCAAACAGAAACCUCUCAGCCCUCCUGGACUGAGCCGUACUGUCCCGACCUCUCGCCCUCCAGAGAGCCAGAGAGGGACUCCGGCUUUGACUGUGACUCUAAUCCGGAUCAGCCGUACAUCCUGUUAGACUCUGGAUCUGAGGAAUGGGACCUGGACGUGAAAACAGAGUCAGAAACAUUUUAUCUGGAUCCAGAUCUAGAGCACUGCCUGGUGAUCGAACUGGAUCCAGAAGAACCAGAAGAAGCUGAGCCGGAUCUGAAGCUGGAGGAAGAAGCAGAAGAAGCUGAGCCGGAUCUGAAGCUGGAGGAAGAAGCAGAAGCUGAACCGGAUCUGAAGCUGGAGGACGAAGCAGAAGCUAAGCCGGAUCUGAAGCUGGAGGAAGAAGCAGAAGCUGAGCCGGAUCUGAAGCUGGAGGACGAAGCAGAAGAAGCUGAGCCGGAUCUGAAGCUGGAGGAAGAAGCAGAAGUGAAAUGUGAAGAAGUACAAAUGGACGAUCUUUGUUGCUCGCAGGAAGAGGAGGAAGUGUCAUCGCUGCAGACACCUGGACCUUUAGGAGUGGAGGAGAGCGAAGACUUCUGCGGUGUUUGUCUGAACGGAGGAGAGCUGCUCUGCUGCGACCGCUGCCCCAAAGUCUUCCACCUGAUCUGUCACAUACCUCCACUCACCUGCUUCCCUCUAGGGGACUGGGUGUGUUCGCUGUGCAGAACUGAGCAGGAUCCUGAAGAGAGCUACGCCUGUGAGAAGCAGCCCUCCUGUGGGGGAGUCAGAGCUCCGUACACCCUCUCCCCCCAGGACCAGAGGAGGUGUGAGAAGUUGACUCUGCUGUUGUACUGUCACACACUCAGCGCCCCGUUUCAUGAACCUGUCAGCACGCUGGCCAGAAACUACUACCAGAUCAUCCGGAGGCCCAUCGACCUGUCGCUGAUCCGCAGGAAACUGGACAAGAGCAACACUCUACACUACUUCAGCGCCGAGCAGUUUGUGGACGACGUGCUGCUGAUGUUCAAGAACUGCUCCAGGUUCAAUUACCCCGACUCAGAGGUGGCUCAGGCCGGUCGCAGUCUGGAGGAGUUUUUCUCAAGCAAACUGAAGGAGACUUUCCCCGACCGGACGUUCCCAUCGACCAGCCUCCAGCGAGCCGGCAGAGCUGAGCUUCUGAGGGUCUGCAGGAGGAGGAAGGAGGACCAGAGGAGGAGGAGACACGUGUUCAGCGGGAAGAAAUACUACCUGUAACUCGUUUUGAUCAUAAAGCUGCCCUGAAGCCUUUUUCUUUUUUACUAAUGGAGAGAAUCUUGAACAGGAGUUCUUUAUUUAUUUUGAAAAAAAUCACAAUCAUUUGUACUUUUUGUAUCAUAUUUUUGCUCUGUUUUCAGAUAUUUUCACAGAAUUCCCUUUAGAUAUUCACAUUAUUUUAUCCAAUAUAAUUGAAAGCCAUUAUGUGUGAUCCGGAUCUUAUCUUUUACAGCAGCUAAAGCUAAAGUAAGGAUGUAAAAAACUACUUUUUCCAACGUGUAAAAUCUUAAUUCUUGUACCUGGGGUUUAUGACCAUUGGCUUACUAACGUUUUUGUAUUGUUUGAUUAAAUUGAACAUCAACCAAUGUCACAUACAAUGUUAAGAAUAACAGAAACAAAGCAGACGCUGUU